AUGGACCCGCACAUGGAUAUGGACAUGGACAAGGACAAGGACUCCUCCACUCCAAAGGCUUACCAGCCUCGGCCCCACCAGCAGCAGCCACCACAGCCACAGCAGGGUCACCGCAUCGCGUCACCCCAAUCCCAUAUGCACCCCCAGAGUGUUCCCUCUGCACACAUCAUGCCUCCCCAGCAGAGACCUAACUACUAUGGAUCCCCUCCCGGUCCCGCUGCACCCACUCCCUCUGCCACUGGACACUACCGUCGACCCUCCUCCCCAGGACCCUACGGGAACCCCCCUCCUAGCGCCUAUGGCUCUGCACCCCCUGCUACCCCUUACGCUCCAACCUAUGGUCGUCACCCCGACUACGCAAAGGAGGACUAUCGCUACAGCCAACAACAGCAGCAACAACAACCUUCUGACCGUCGCCGCGACUACGAGUCGGUCGAGCACAGCCACGAGUACGCUCCCAUUUCGAGAGACCUCUACCGGUCAUCGUCCCCCACGCGUCAUCACCACCAACAGGCAAGAGAACCAGGCCCCGUUGCCACCAUCACCUCAAACCGUCGUAGCGCUCCGACGACAACUUCAGCCAGCUAUGCUGCACACCGUGGACAAAGCACCCCACAAACGCAUUCAUCGAUCUACCAGCCUCCCGGACCUGGACAUGACCAAGACAUUCUUGAACGCGAGCACGGGAUGCGUGCAGCAGCUCAUUCGCCACCACUGUCACGCACUGGUCACCCCUCGUACGGCAACAGUGCUGGCACAUCCAGGAGUUACCCUGCACGCUCUCCCUCACCUGGACCCUAUGGAUCAUCGCCUCCCGACAAUAUGUCAUACCGCCAUUACUAUGAACAACAACAGCAGCAGCAACGGCAGCAGCAGCAACAGCAUCAGAGGGCAUACCGGCAAGAGUACUAUGUCUCUGAUGGCGAAGGUGAAGGGAGCUCUAUGGGACAGCAUCAUCCAUAUCAACAACAGCAACCACCCCACACCUCUCGGGCACCAGCCUACCGCGCAUGGCCUGCUGGCUCUCACGAGGCCGCUGGACGAGAGUAUCCACCCUCAGUGUCCCAACAGUCUCCGUACUAUGCAAACUCGCGGCAAACGGUUCCAUCGGAUAGAUACGAAAGCUCCGGGCCGGCGCCUAUUCGCCCCGUCUCGCCUUAUCAAUCGUCAUAUGGACGCCCACCUGCACACUCGGUUCACGCACCAACAAGCGCUUGGACAUCCACUCGUUCGCCAGAGAUCCCUCCUCUUGCAGGCUUGAACUAUCGCCGUCGGUCAGCAAGUGUUGAUGAGGGAGUUGAUAGGGAAAAGCAUUACUACUCUCACUCGUACCACAACCCUGCUGCGAUGAGAUAUAAUUCCAGUCCCUACAACAGAGGAAUGCCUCCAUCGUACAACGAACCGACCUACAUCUCAUCCAGAUCGCCAUCGCCUGUUCGACCCACACCACACCGCAGCGUUGAACGUAAGGCACCCGCCAUGUCGAUCGCUCAACUCCUCAGUGACAAAACUUCACGGGACCCCUCGCCAGAGUACAUGGACGAAGAACCUAUGGGUGACAGAUCCCGAUCUGUCUAUCGCCAUCCGGUCCAGGACCAUCGCCAUAGAGACCCAUCACCGGGUCCCAUGCAGCGGUAUAGAGACAGGUCACCCAUCCGAGAGCCAUCAGUCCCACAUCGUUACAAUGAGGCACCACCUCGUGGCCCGGGGCAGUUGGCAGAGCGGGCAAGGAUGCUUCCUACUCACAGCCCAUUGGAAAGCACUGCCUCGUCGAGCCUUUACCCACCUAGAGCAGACCCCAGAGACAGAGAGAGGAGUGUCGCGGAUUACACUACCGAGCCUGCUCCGUCGACAAUGGCACGCCCAAGAGAUGAGAGGAGAGUAGAUCACCCUAUUUCGCACGAGGAUGCCCAGUCGACUUCGACAUCAUCUACCAGGACAGAGGUCUGGCCAGAGGCUGAGCGUUCAGACACUCCAGCAAUCUCUCAGGAAGCCUUGGAGAAGGCUCAGCAGUCGCCUGUACAGGUCAAGCGUCGUGCCAAGGCAGAGCAGGACAAGCGUUCGGCUAAGGCCAAGACGGAAGAGACGGAGGGGCCUGUGGAGGAAGUCAAGGUCAAGGCGAAGCGCGGACGUAAGCCCAAGGUCAAGGAGAACCCUCUCGAGACCUCAGCCGCGGCGACCCCUUCUUCAGUUGCACCCAGCCCCAUGAUUUCGUCUCGCCAAGAGCCAUCGACCAAGGGCGCUGCCAACAGCCUCAAGCGACGUGCGCCCGACACGGUUGCGGACGAUAAAGAGACUGUACCGUUAGAUAUCGCGCUUGUGAACGAAAGGAAUGGAACGAGUGCCGUACGACCGACUUCCGAUUCGGACGAGGACUUUGCACAGCACAAGGACUUAAUGAGCUAUAUGUUGGAAGUUCACAAGCGUGGUCAAAAGGUCCAAAGGGCUUACGAGAAGCAAACUAUCCGCAAGCGUCGGAAAUUGCAUGACAAGUUCUUGGCCAAGCAGGAGAAGCGACUAGAGUUCAAGGAACCUGGUGAUAUGUUGGAUGAUGAAGGCUACCUGGGCACUCGAGCCCCUUCGACGGAGACCAGGGAGUCAUCUCAACAACCACCACCAGCACCGGCCACAAAAGGCCCUGGCAAAGGACGUGGACGGAAAAGGCUGCAGGCUGCUCAAAACUCGGAGGGAGGUGUCAAGCAUGAGCAGGAUGACGAUGCUAUUACCCACGAGACCACGGCGGAGCGAAAGAGACGUGAGCGCAAGGAAGCUGCUACUGCGGCGGCGAUGGCUCAAGUCCAGGCCAUCAAGGCCAAGGCCAGGGCUCGUGCACAGGAGAGCGAGCAUACUGCUCAAUCAGAAGGCAUGGACGAGGACCACGACAACCAUGUUCCCCGAUCAGACAUGUAUGAGGACGAUAGUGACGACCAGGCGUUUGCGCAGGAUGACCAGCGCGUCGACCUUGAGGUGACCGACAACGAGAGGGAGCUCGAGGAUGAAAGCGUCAUGGACGAAGAGACACUUGCUAAACGUCAGGAGAAGGAGUAUGAGGCCAAGCGUCGCGCCAUCUGGGAUCUCAUUGCCCACCGACAGAUUCGCGAGGUGGGCAAAAUUGUGGCCAACUCCACGUCGAUCAAACUGCAGAACUGCAAGAAGGUGGCUCAGUUGUGUCAGCGAGAGUCCAGAAAGGCUGCCAUACGUAUGGUGAAGCCCAGCAGGGAAGUCCACAACAGAGCGAGAAAGGUCAGCAAGGAGAUGUUGUUCUUCUGGAAGCGUAACGAGAAGGAAGAGCGUGACCUCAGGAAGAAGGCCGAAAAGGAGGCGAUUGAAAAGCUUCGCAUUGAGGAAGAAAUGCGUGAAGCCCGCCGACAGGCCCGCAAACUCAACUUCUUGAUUACUCAGACCGAGCUCUACUCUCAUUUCAUCGGCAAGAAGAUCGGCACUGAGGCGGCUGAGGCGGACGACGAUGCAACACCCGUCAGGAUGCAACCCUCGAGCGACCCCACACAGAUGGCAAUUGCUCUAGAUCCCAACCAUACUCCCAUGGAAGGCGAACCUGACUUUGAAGAGGCAACGGACGAGGCACUGGAGGCGCAGGCCAAAUGGGGUGCGCAGCAAGCCCUGUUGGCUGCUCAGGAGAGAACUAAGACCUUUGACGCCGAGACCAAGGAGCUCCAGCAGGCCCAGACCAACAUUGCCCUUAACCAAGCUGACUUGGAUGAAAUGAACUUCCAGAACCCAUCGAGUAUGCCAACGGUGACGGAGAUUGAGCAGCCCAAGAUGUUGAUGUGCCAGCUGAAGGGAUACCAGAUCAAGGGUCUGAACUGGCUGGCCAACUUGUACGAGCAAGGAAUCAACGGUAUCUUGGCCGACGAGAUGGGUUUGGGCAAGACAGUCCAGUCGAUCUCGCUGAUGGCCCAUUUGGCCGAAUCGCAGAACAUUUGGGGUCCUUUCCUGGUCAUUGCUCCUGCCUCAACUCUUCACAAUUGGCAGCAGGAAUUCACAAAAUUCACGCCCGACCUCAAGGCCCUGCCCUACUGGGGUAACCCCAAGGACCGAAAGACCCUCCGCACGUUCUGGAACAAGAAGCAGGUCUACAGCAAGGAUGCGCCCUUCCAUGUCCUCAUCACUUCGUACCAACUAGUCGUUUCGGACGAGAAGUACUUCCAGCGUGUCAAGUGGCAGUACAUGGUUCUGGACGAGGCUCAGGCAAUCAAGAGUUCUUCGAGUGCCCGUUGGAAAACGCUACUCGGAUUCAACUGCCGUAACCGUCUGCUGCUAACAGGAACCCCCAUUCAGAACAGUAUGCAGGAGCUGUGGGCACUUCUCCACUUUAUCAUGCCCAGUCUGUUCGAUUCACACGAGGAGUUCAGCGAGUGGUUCUCGAAGGAUAUUGAGUCUCAUGCCGAGAACAAGGGAACCCUCAACGAGCACCAGCUCAAGCGUCUCCAUAUGAUCCUCAAGCCCUUCAUGUUGCGUCGCAUCAAGAAGAACGUCCAAAAUGAGCUUGGCGACAAGAUCGAACUGGAGGUGAGCUGUGAGCUGACGGCGCGGCAGAGGGCGUUGUACAGAGGACUGAAGGAAAAGAUUUCGAUCGCAGAACUGCUGGAGACUGCAUCGUCGCUCAACAGCAAUGACUCCGUUGACAGCUUGAUGAAUUUGGUCAUGCAGUUCCGUAAGGUGUGCAACCACCCCGAGCUGUUUGAGCGUGCCGAUGUGGUCUCGCCCUUGGCCCUAUGCUCAUUCAGUCAAACACCAUCCAUUGCCCGCGAGGGAGACGAUCUCUUUGUGGCCUACACAACCAAGAGCAGGAUAUCAUACUCCAUCCCAAAGCGCCUUUACCGCGAGGGUGGUCUUUUGAAGAUCCCCUCGGAGGAGUCAAACGCUGGACGCGACACCAAAUACCUCGACAAGCUGUUCAACAUCUGGACCCCAGACAACAUUGCAGAGUCGAUGUACGAGGAGAACGGCGCCUACUCGUUCUUGCGGUUCACGGACUAUUCUCCCAGCCAAGCCAGCAAGGUCUUCAAGGGACACCUUCUGGAGCGAUUCGCACAGCACUUGGAAAUCGCAGAGGAGCGUUCCCGACGUGGAUAUGGGCUCGGCCAUGACGAGUCGGACUCGGAACUCCCUGGAAGCACCUAUGCCAAGUUUUUGAUUUGCGAGACCCAGGAUCCCUUCUCGAUCGGCAACCGGUCACUCUUGAGCCACACUCAGCAACUUGGAUCUGUUCUUGAGAGGUCAGAGUUGGGCGAGUACGUGUCGAUUAUGGAACCGGCCUACCGACCCAAGGUAGUGGCACCUCCGAUCGACAUUAUUUGCUCGGACCGUAGCUUCUUGGUGGACCAGCAGGAGCAGCUCUUUAACCAAAGGCUGCGCCAGUUGCUGUUGGGUGUCUCUGAUUUCAUGACCGAGGCCUCGCACCAGGAGGAAGUUGCGCCCAUAAUGGAUCUCUGGAGAGUCAACAAUGGACGUGGCUUGCUGGGCGAGCCCUCGAUCAGCUCCAAGGGUUACUCGACGAUUGAGGUGCCUCAAAUGAAACAGCUGGUCAUGGACUCUGGAAAGCUCGCGGUACUAGACAAGCUGCUGGUGGAGCUCAAGGCCGGUGGUCAUCGCGUGUUGGUUUACUUCCAGAUGACCAAGAUGAUUGACUUGAUGGAGGAGUACCUCACUUACCGCCAAUACAAGUACCUCCGUCUGGAUGGAUCGUCCAAGAUUUCGGAUCGUCGAGACAUGGUGACGGAUUGGCAGACGAGGCCCGAGAUCUUCAUCUUCCUGCUGAGUACCCGUGCAGGAGGUCUCGGAAUCAACUUGACGGCUGCCGACACGGUCAUCUUUUACGACAGCGAUUGGAACCCGACAGUGGAUCAGCAGGCCAUGGACCGUGCCCAUCGUUUGGGACAAACUCGCCAGGUCACGGUGUACCGUCUUAUCACGCGAGGCACAAUCGAGGAGCGUAUCUUGCAGCGCGCCAAGCAGAAGGAUGAGAUCCAGAAGGUGGUUAUCUCAGGAGGCGAGUUCAAGCAGAGCGUGGACUUCAAGCCUCGCGAGAUUGUGUCGCUGCUGCUGGAUGACGAUGAGUUGGCGAGCAAGUUGCAGGAGCAGCAAUUGAAGCGCAAGAUUGACGAGGAGGAGGCCAAGAACUCGAGGAAAGGAGGCAGUGGAUCCAAGGAUGGAACACAACAACGACCUUCCAAGCGGAGCAAGAAGGAUGGCAAGGGCGACAGCACAAGUGUUGCGACGCCCAUCUCGACGCCGUCGAGCUCGGCGGCGGCUACUCCUGGCAAGACCCGGACGUUGGAGGAGAUGUGGGCUGAUAUGGAUGCUCAGGCGGCUGCGGCUGCGGCUGCGGCUGCAGAGGCAGCGAACACACCGAACGAGGGAGGAUCAGGCAGUAAGAGCAAGCGUGGACGUGCCACGAAGGAGAAGGUGCCCAAAGAGCCCAAGGCCAAGAAAGAGAAGGAGCCCAAGGCCAAGAAGCCUGCCAGGCUCGGCAAAAAGGCCCAGGCGGCUGCUGAUGCCGCUGCUGCUGCCGUCGCAUCUACCGUUGCUAGUAUUGGCGGUGAAAGUGGCAUUGGAGAAGGCGGGUUUGGAUUUGGCGACGAUGGAGACCUGGACGUAGACCGGAUGGAGAUGUAA